AUGUCUGCUGCUAAGUGUCUGCUGUCUCUGAUGGUGGUGCUCAUGGCUGCAAUGUGUGCGGUUCAAGCGCAGGAGAGGAUUAAGAUGUGUGGGAGAGAGCUGAUACGUCUUGCCGUCUCGUCCUGUGGUAACUCUCGGCUUAGGAGAAGCAUCCAAGACAUAGAACUGGGGCAGCAUAAAUUCACUUUUCACUGGGACCAGAAUGCCUCCACAGAGGAGACUCAGGCUUCAGAGACACCAUCUGAUGGAGAGAAGGAUGUCUUCUUCUUGGCUCCUCAUUGGUACCCCCUGUCCAACCGCAUCAGACGAGCUGCUGGCAAAAUAUCAGACAUUUGCUGUGAGAAAGGAUGUAGCCUGAAAGAGUUGAUCCAGUUUUGCUAG